CCUGCCUGUUCACAAUACCCUUGGGCAAUCGUUGACGUAUUUUAUCGAGGUGGUCCUGAAUCACUACGAGACUCGGAGAACUGGUCCCCCGAGAACACCUACCCUGUCCAACAAGAUCGUUCUUCCCGUCCUAUUCAGGAUGCCCAACCGAGCUCUUCCUCGACCCCUUCCGUGCUUUCGCACGGUGUCUCUGAUGAGGCUCAAACAUCUAAUUUCGGUUCUGCUUCUUCUGGUCGACAUUUAUUAAGGAUACGGGAUAUGUGCUACAAUCUCCACACUCAUGAGCGCCCUUGAUUUUGGAUCGAAAUCCCUAUUUACACUCUAUCUCUUCACGCACAAUGACAUUCUGACGACGAUCAUCCCAACGACACUUUUCGCACUGGUGUCAGCCCCCCUCUACAGCCCUUACCGAUGUGUUCAUGUGGUCUGGUGGAUUUGGCUUCACCUCCUUCAUUUUAAUGUUGCCAAUCAAGUGAUUGAUCCAGCAGAAGAUGGCAGGAACAAAGCUAGCCGACCAAUACCAGCGGGAUACAUCAGUUUACGAGAUGCGGUCUAUCUACGCUGGUCCUUGGUCCCCAUAUGCUUGGUAUCAUCAGCAUUCUACAGCAUCCAAGUGCUUAGCGCAAGCCUAGCGAUAACUCUGCUCACUCUUUGGUACAAUGAAUUCAAAGCCCAUAGUCAUUGGUUUUCAAAAAACUUGAUGACCGGCUUAGGAUAUGCUUGCUUCCAGGCUGGGGCCACCCUCAUUGCAGGCCGAGAUAUGUCGCGACUAGAGCCGAAUGCUCUCUUAGCUGUGCUGCUUAGCAUCGCUAUGUUCGCCACCACGCUCCAAGCACAGGACUUCAAAGACCAGGAAGGAGAUCGCUCCAUAGGCAGACGAACGCUACCGAUCGCACAUCCUUCUCCAGCUCGUGUGUCCAUGUUUGUAGGACUUCCGAUGUGGUCGAUUUGUCUUACUCAGGUCUGGAGGAUGGACGCAUACUGCAGCGUCACAUUCGUGUUGUAUUCGGGACUUGUCGGAUUACGAUUCAUGGUAUGUAAGACAACCCAGGCGGACCGUCUGUCGUGUCAGCUAUAUAGUGUGAGUCAUACUCUCAUCUGUCUAACUUCGGCCUGACCAAGUACUUUCCGAAGCUUUGGUUUUCUGUUGCACAUCUACUUCCUGGUUACUGGCGUUACUUCCAUGAAGCGCGCAUACAUAUAUCAUAGUGUUUCCUGAACUGGAGGCUUGAACUUUUCACUCUGGACUUAUGGUCGUCGCAAUUUGUUACAUCAAUCAAACAU